CGCCUUUUUUUUUACUUUAUAGUGAAUGCACCCACUAAUCCAUCAAAUCCAAGAUAGCAACUUCCAUCUUAUUUGGUUUCCAAAGUACCUAAAUUCUACGCGAAGGAUGGGCAGAACUAUUAAUAUAUGAGUUUCAUCCCUGAUAAAUCUUCCUUUCUAAAUUGCUGAAAUCAACCUCUCUAAUUUAAGUUUCUAGCAAUCUACAUGCCCCAUUCUUUUACAGUGAGAGAAUAUGCAAGGAUACCGCUCAUAGUAUUGUUUUUGGGCACACUUGGCUUUAUUUACAAUAGCCCUAUCCCUCUUGAUCAGAUUCCCAAUAAGGCUACCCAAUUUGCUCACCCCGGACAAACAUUAAGAACAAGCUCUAUGCAUACCAAGACUCCUCUAUGUUCAACGUGCAAAAAGGCGCACAAGAUGAAUUCUGGUUCACUCAUGGAGUGUGUUUGGGAAGUGGCCAGGUGGACCAUUUUCGUAGGAAUUUCCCAACAAACCUGAGCGUUGCUUAUCUUAUGGCACAAGUGCAAAGUCGGACUCUUGCGCCGCAUCCAACUCAACCAGUUAGGGGUCAAUGAUCGAUGGAACGCCGCCAAAGCAAGGACGAGCUCUAUAUUUCAUUAACGUCAUGCAAGGGCGUUCAACCCCAUGUCAAUGACAUCAUCAUGGUCUCAAGUAUCCCAUGAUUGUGUCCAACCCACUCAGUUGCAACAUGUGUCUUCAUCAUACUUACUGAAAAUGUCCGUUGACUGCGAACGGAAGGUAAUUCCAUGUGAAUCUUAUAAAAUUAUUGGCUAAAGAGUUUGAGAUGAUUCUCGACAUGUAUUGGUUGAUUGAAGAUCAAGAGAUAGUUGAUCGUGACAUGAGAAUCAUGCGGAUGAAAGGCGAAAGCAUAAGAGCAUCGUCUAGCUUCACUUUUUAGCGUGUAGUUUGUUUAAUUACUACACGCAGGUGGGAACAACAAUGGAAAUGAAACUAUUCCCAGAGGGAAAUGAGAGCAAGGAGAUGUAUGGUUGCACUUUUGCUUUUUUAAAUGAACAUUGUGGUUAUUG